GUCCCGAAGCGUCAAGCACAAGGCCCGACGCACCCAACCCUUAGAGCCAAUCCUUUUCCCGAAGUUACGGAUCUAAUUUGCCGACUUCCCUUAUCUACAUUAUUCUAUCAACUAGAGGCUGUUCACCUUGGAGACCUGCUGCGGUUAUGA